UAACUUGCGUGAUUUGAGAUGCGACUCUAACAAAUGAUAAAUGCAAGUAUAACAACAUUAAAAAUUAGAGUGUACUAUUGCUUUGAAAUUUUUCGAAACUCACAUUCUUCAUUUUACGUUUGAAGGUCAAAAAUGGGGAAAAAUGAAAUUGCUUUUUUCAUUUUUACUUUGUCAAUAGUGUUUGCAGAAGAAAAAGAAGAUUAUGGACAAUAUGGGAACUAUAACUUGUGGCGACAAACUUUAUGUGAAAGAGAUGAUGAUGCACUCAACAGAGAUGUACAAAACUGCAUGACAUAUGAAAAUUCGCAUUUUUAUAGAUCAUGGAAAUGCUGCUUAGAAGAAAUCCUACCCAAUGCCAAAGGAUCAUUUAUUGUUUAUCAGAAAACUGCUUGUGAAAACAAGUUCAUUUACUAUAUGACCGAUGAAUGCAUAGACAAACGAAAAGCUGUUAAAACAAAGAUGCAGAUGAAUGAACCUGCAGCAAUUUGUUUUGAUGAUAUAUUGAAGAAGCAUGAUUUGACUGAGCUGCGAAAGUACUUCUUUGAUGAAGAAUAGAUGAUUUUUUUUUAACAAAAUAAGUAUUUGUCAAA